AUGAACGGCGCUCAGUUCACUGACAGAGCUAACAAGGCUCUGCUGGAUUCUAGCAGUUUGGCCGAACAAUACGCCCAUUCUCAGAUUCUCCCAGUUCACCUCGCAGUAGUCCUCUUAAAUCCUUCUCCAGAUGAGUCGAAAGACCAGCAAGCUCCCGCCCACCCCUCACACGAAUCCGGCUCGGCCCCGCUCUUCCGCCAAGUUAUUGAACGCGCCCACGGCGACCCUCAACUCCUCGAACGCUCUCUCAUGAAGUUGUUGGUCCGUUUUCCAAGUCAAGACCCUCCUCCAGAAAGCGUCAGUGUUUCUCCCGCAUUAGCCAAGGUGAUCAGGUCAGCGACCGAAUUGUCCAAGACUCAGAAGGACAGCUUCGUCGCCAUCGAUCAUUUGAUCGUAUCUGUCUCCCAGGAUUCUCAGGUCCAGCGAGCCUUGGCUGAUGCCAACAUUCCCAAUGUCAAACUACUAGACUCAGCCGUUCAGCAAAUCCGAGGUACAAGGAGGGUAGAUUCCAAGACCGCAGACUCGGAGAGUGAAAAUGAGAACCUCAAGAAAUUUACCAUUGACAUGACGUCCCUUGCGAGAGAGGGAAAAAUUGAUCCCGUCAUCGGUCGUGAAGAAGAAAUUCGCCGAGUGAUCCGGAUCCUCAGUCGCCGAACCAAGAACAACCCAGUGCUCAUCGGUGAGCCUGGUGUUGGAAAGACCACCAUUGUGGAAGGGUUGGCUCGUCGAAUUGUGAACGCUGAUAUCCCGGCCAACUUGGCUCAAUGCAAGCUCCUUUCCCUCGACGUCGGCUCAUUAGUUGCAGGAAGCAAGUACCGCGGUGAGUUCGAGGAAAGAAUGAAGGGCGUCCUCAAAGAGAUCGAAGAGUCUAAGGAAACGAUCGUUUUGUUUGUCGAUGAGAUCCACCUUCUCAUGGGCGCAGGCUCCAGCGGAGAGGGUGGUAUGGAUGCCGCCAAUCUUCUAAAGCCGAUGUUGGCUCGAGGUCAAUUGCACUGCAUCGGUGCCACGACUCUAAGCGAAUAUCGGAAGUAUAUUGAGAAGGACCAGGCAUUUGAACGUCGAUUCCAACAAGUUUUAGUCAAGGAGCCUUCCGUUCCCGAGACCAUCUCUAUCCUUCGUGGCUUGAAGGAGAAGUACGAAGUACAUCACGGCGUCAACAUUCUCGAUGGUGCCAUUGUUUCUGCAGCCACACUUGCUUCCCGAUAUCUAACUGCUCGACGACUCCCUGACUCCGCAGUCGAUCUCAUUGAUGAAGCUGCAGCUGCCGUUAGAGUGACGCGUGAGUCUGAGCCGGAGGCCCUGGAUAACUUGGAGAGAAAGCUUCGACAGCUGCAGAUUGAAAUCCAUGCCCUCGAGCGGGAGAAGGACGACGCAUCCAGAGCUCGCUUGGAGGUGGCUAAGCAAGAAGCUGCUAAUGUCAACGAGGAACUACGUCCUCUGCGUGAGAAAUACGAAAGCGAGAAGCAGCGUAGCAAGGCUAUUCAGGAUGCUAAGAUCAAGCUCGACUCUCUCAAGGUCAAGAGAGACGAAGCAGAGCGGUCCGGAGACACAGUGACUGCUGCUGACUUGGAGUACUACGCUAUCCCGGAGACUAAAACUCUCAUCGAAAAACUCGAGGAGGAACGGGCUAAGGCAGAUGCAGAGCGGCGAUCUCGCUCAGGAGACGCUGGGGAGACAUUACUCGCUGACGCUGUCGGCCCCGAUCAGAUUAACGAGAUUGUUGCCCGAUGGACCGGUAUUCCAGUCACCAGGCUCAAGACCACUGAGAAGGAUAAGUUGUUGAACAUGGAGAAGCACCUCGGCAAGCUAGUUGUUGGUCAGAAGGAGGCAGUGACGUCCGUAUCGAAUGCAAUUCGACUCCAGCGAUCGGGCCUCAGCAACCCCAACUCGCCGCCAAGCUUCCUCUUCUGUGGCCCCUCCGGAACUGGUAAGACUUUGCUUACCAAGGCCCUUGCAGAGUUCCUCUUCGAUGACCCCAAGGCCAUGAUCCGGUUCGACAUGUCCGAAUACCAGGAACGCCACUCGCUGAGCCGUAUGAUCGGUGCGCCCCCCGGAUAUGUUGGACACGAUGCCGGUGGCCAGCUGACCGAGAGCCUCCGACGACGCCCGUUCUCUAUUCUUCUCUUCGACGAAGUUGAAAAAGCAGCCAAGGAGGUCCUCACCGUUCUCCUCCAACUGAUGGAUGAUGGACGUGUUACAGACGGUCAAGGCAGAAUCAUCGAUGCAAAGAACUGCAUCGUCGUCAUGACUUCCAACCUGGGUGCCGAAUACCUCUCCCGCCCUACCACCAAGGACGGUCGCAUCGAUCCUCAAACCCGUGAACUAGUCAUGGGUGCCCUCCGCGACUACUUCCUGCCUGAAUUUCUCAACCGAAUUUCCAGCAUCGUCAUUUUCAACCGUCUUACCAGGAAAGAAAUCCGUAAGAUCGUCGAUCUUCGUCUGUACGAAGUCCAGAAACGUCUAGAGCAGAACGACAGGAACGUCACCAUCAAAUGCUCGGAAGAAGUCAAGGACUACCUCGGUGAUGCGGGUUACUCACCCGCGUAUGGUGCUCGACCUUUGGCCCGUAUCAUCGAGCGUGAAGUCCUCAACCGUCUUGCUGUUCUUAUCCUUCGCGGAAGCAUUCUCGACGGCGAAGAGGCUCGCGUGGUCAUGCGCGAUGGUCGCAUCGACGUUUUGCCGAAUCACGAGAUCCCACUUGAUGAAGAUCAAGACAUGAUCGAUAGUGAAGAAGAAGCCCUAGCCGAGAUUGAGGACGGCAGUGGUGACAUGGAUCUCUACGAUUAA